UUGUCACAAUGAUGUUACAGUACCUUGAUAAGAAGACGGGGAACUGCUUUCACUUAGUAACGAACUGGCUGCGAGGAGACCAGAGAAGAUGAGACUUUCAGUUCUGUUGUGCUUCACUGCAAUAUCGCUUGUUUCAAGCGCCAGUAUUGAUGAGAAUGCUGGGAAUCCUAGGAGCGAUCUUUUCGAAGGAGAUAUGAUCCUCACUCCGGAUCAACAACAAUCGGUGAACAACGGUGACUUGGGCGCGUCCAGAGGAGCGCCCAUCCACGACAAGAAAUGGCCCAACGCCAUCCUGCCCUAUGAGAUACGCUCUGACUUAAAGGGGACCCCAGCGGAGGGAGUGAUACAGAACGCCAUGCGUGAGUGGGAGAGCAAGACCUGCGUGCGAUUUCAAAAGCGAACAACGCAGAAAAACUACGUCUACUUUUUCAAAGGCGAUGGUUGUUGGUCGUAUGUUGGAAUGCUUGACCGCGGUGCGCAGGCGAUCUCACUAGGCAGCGGGUGCUGGCACAAGGGAACUGCCGCCCAUGAAAUUGGUCACGCCUUGGGGUUUUAUCACGAGCAAUCUCGACCCGACCGAGACAACUACGUCACCGUUCACUGGGACAACAUCAAAACUGAUUCCAAGCACAAUUUCAACAAGUACUCGGCUGACAGAAUCAACACCUUUGGUACUCCCUAUGACUUUGGCUCACUGAUGCAUUAUGGGAAGAAUUACUUCUCCGUCAAUGGAAGAGCGACAAUCACACCUAAGAAGAGUGGGGCGAAAAUCGGACAGCGUGACUAUUUGAGUGACUUGGAUGUGCACCAGAUGAAUUUGCGUUACGGGUGCCCAAAUCAUUAUAAAGUCGAAUAUGGCUGCUCGUGGAGGUUUCUGUCGGCUGGCAGGCGGUGCUGGAAGAGGUGUGGUAUCAAGGGGUCUGGUGACUGGUGUUGGGUUGACAAGAAGUGUAGUUCUAAGUCGAGCUGUGGAUCUAACAUGGAUAUGAUGGUGACGCAGUGCAACGGAAGCUGCGGUUAAGAUCUGAUUGAUUCUGAAAAAUAAACUAAUAAUGAUAAGUCUGAAAAAUAAACUCAGUUAUCAGUCCAA